AUGAUCAAUGUAGCCUUCUUGGGUCCACUUGGAACCUACACCCAUCAGGCAGUGCUUCAGCAGUUUCCUAAUGAUGGUAAUACCGAAUAUACUGCCCUAAAGACAAUUCCACAAUGCUUCGAAGAGUUAACUCACGAUACUAAACUGGACUACGCUGUGGUGCCUCUUGAAAACUCUACCAAUGGACAAGUCGUUUUCACGUACGAUCUUCUGCGAGAUCUCAUGAACGGUGCUGUGAAUCAUAGACAAAACCAGGCCCUGCCAGAUCUGGAAGUGGUGGCCGAGCAGUACGUCUCGAUUGAUCUGUGUCUAAUAGCUUCUGGGACCGUUGAUAUCGAAGCUUUCGACAAGACUACCACCGUUCUGAAGAUCUACUCACAUCCUCAGGUUUGGGGCCAAGCUACAAGCUAUCUGAGCAAACUACGCCAAAGAGUGAAGUCACUACAAAUGAUCGAUACUACUUCGACAUCGGAUGCUGUGCGAUAUUGUUGCGAAAAACGGGAUUACGAAACCCCGCAUGAAGUAACGCUUGCUAUAGCCAGUAGCACAGCUGCUACGUUGCAUGGUGCUACGAUUUUAGAGCGGCCAAUCAAUGACCGCAAGGGCAACACAACUAGAUUUUUAGUAUUGCAGAGACGCGACUCGAAUAAAGGUGCUUUGGUUGCACGUCCGUCUGCAACAUCCAUCAGCGUUCAGCAAGUAACUUUGUUGACAUUUGUUGUUGCUCAAGACAUGCCCGGAAGUCUUGUGGACGUGCUGAAUGUCUUGAAGGAAAAUCAGAUCAACAUGUGCUCGAUCAGUUCAAGACCGUAUCACUAUCCUGGGGAUAACGAAAGUCACUCACAGAAAGAAGACGAAGAGUCAAAAAGACGUAAAUGGCAGUACAUUUUUUUUAUCGAGCUUAAUCACGAAAGCACUGUUGACUGGGACCCGAUAUUUACGGGACUCAGCUCAAAGUCGUUGAAGUUCUGCCUUUGGGGUACUUUCAAUCGUAAUGCUCGCUACUAUGAGAUAGCAUAA